ACGGCAGGUUUAUAGAUUCUAGCGCUGCCCUUUUAUUAAUUUGAGAAUGGGAAUAAGUGGCUGAGAGGCAUCGCCUGGAUAUAUAUGUUCGAACUUUCCUUUAUACAUUCGUUUGCCUAUCUACACUCUCGAAACUGUUCCACCGACACCCGGGUGUCCUGGCAAAAAAGCAGGGUAUUGUCGCUUACGUAGCAAGGCGGUGAGGAGCGUGGGGUACGUAUGAACAGCCACAAAUUAAUUACCGUUCGCCAUCUGCUUUGUCACAUAUGCCAGUGCACUUUUUGAGGCACUCGUGCAUAAUAUCAACCACUUUCAUCCCUUGAUCGGGUUGGGCGAAGAGCCAUAGGUGACCGACACAGCACCCAAACGUCUUGGUCUUGCCAGACAAACAGAGUGUUGCCGGAGCUACGCCUGGCCCUAGAGACCAGCGCAGAGCUUCUUCGCCAUGGAUCCGGCCGUUACCGAUGAGCUCAGCAAGCUCGACGAUGGCGUCGCCUUUCGAGCUUCUCCCGACCACUUCCACCAUACUUGGGCCCGCACAUUUUACUCUGCGCCGGAAUUGUACAUUCGACCUGAAUCUCUGGAAGAAAUCGAGAAAGUGACUACGCUGGCACGACGAUGCCGACGACGCAUUACAACGGUUGGCGCCGGCCACUCGCCGUCCGACUUGACCUGCACUUCAAGCUGGAUGGUGAACCUGGACAAGUUCAAUAAGAUACUCUCUGUUGACAGAGAGACUGGGCUCGUGACUAUGCAAGCUGGGAUACGCCUCUUCCAGCUUUCAGAGGAAUUGGACAAGCUUGGUCUCGCGAUGCCUAACCUCGGCAGUAUCAACGAGCAGUCAAUUGCUGGCGCCAUUUCUACUGGAACCCACGGCUCGACUUUGCUUCACAGCAUUCUCUCUUCUUCGGUUACCCGGCUCAAGAUCACCCUCUCGAACUCCCAGACAGUUACUUGCUCGCCAGACGAGAAUGAAGAUCUGUUUCGUGCCGCGCUCUGUUCUCUUGGCGCCCUCGGCGUCAUCACGGAAAUCACUUUUCUGGCUGUUCCAGCGUUCUCCCUUCAUUGGAAGCAAACUCUGUAUCCCCACAAGCACGUUAUCGACACAUGGAACACUAACCUCUGGACACAAGGCGAGUUCGUGAGGGUAUGGUGGUACCCAUAUACUCGCCGUGCUACUAUUUGGCAUGCCUCGAAAACUACACAACCUGCUUUAGACCUGGUACAUAAAGCUGCUUCCUUCGAUUCUGCCUUCGGUUAUCACGUCUACCACAACCUACUCUACAUUGCACAAUGGGUCCCCAGGAUCCUCCCGUGGGUGGAAUGGUUUAUAACUGGGAUGCAAUUUGGGUUUUCAGCAGGAGAGCAGACUACUAUCGAGGCAAUUCAACCAUCGCGACAGGCUCUCCUUAUGGACUGUCUAUACAGCCAAACCGUGAACGAAUGGGCCAUCCCACUUCACAAUGGACCAGCUGCCCUUCGCCGCUUGACCUCUUGGCUUAACCGACUCCCGCCUACGGAUCCCGAAUACGUCGAACAUGGUAUCCCGUACAGCGCAGAAGGCCUCUGGGUUCACGCACCCAUCGAGGUCCGCGUCAGUAAUACAACUCUUAAGUUGGAAAACAACGACGGCUCUUCACGGAAAUCGGUUCGCCCACACCUCGACACAUCUGCCAAGGACGGGCCAACUCUCUAUCUCAAUGCAACUCUCUACCGGCCUUACAACAUGGAUCCUCCCUGCCUCGCUCGAUACUAUCAAGCUUUCGAAUAUUUAAUGAGAGAUCUUGACGGCAAACCUCACUGGGCGAAGAACUUCGAGACCACAAACGAAGAACUAAAGGGAAUGUACGGCGACGACCUAAAGUCAUGGCUCAAUGUUAGAAACGAGGCAGACCCCGAAGGAAUGUUUGUUGGCGCGUGGCACAGAGAGCAUAUCCUGGGAGAUGAUCAACCAAGAUUUGCACUCGAAGAAGCCGAAGUCGACAGAAAGCCCAUGCGAAAAGGUGGUGUCGAGAUCUUCGGGGAGCUUGCCUCUAAAACGGCACAAAAGGAGCGCGAUGAAGCAAGCGAGCCACCAAUUGCCGUAUCUGAAAAUGUCUCUAGCUACUCUAGCCAAUCGAGCUUCGACCUCCUGAACAGCAGCGAGGCUACAGAGAGCCAGCAUCUUCCGAAUUCCAGCUCAAACGGCACAAAGGGAAAGGGACUUGCAGAGGCCAUGGAGGAAGUUUCCCUGAACAGUGGAGCCACUGAAGCUGUGACCCCGGCGGCUACAAUUGCCACAUUGAACAGCAGCAUAUCCAGCAUUGAGGCUGUUCUUCGCGACCUUGCUGAUAGCCAGACUGUUACGUCUGAGAACACCGCUUCAUCGACCCCAGACGGUUCUUUCCAAAAGAAGCCCGAGGAAAUUACUUCUGCAUCUGAAGAAGCUGCUGCUACCGAAGAAGCUGCACUCGUGGCAGAAUUUUGGGCUGGUGCAGCUGCCGCGAAGCAAGAAGCUGCCCGGAAAGCAGAAGCUGUCGCGAAAGAGCAAGCUGCUAAGGAGCAAGCUGCAAAGGAACAGGCUGCCAAGGAACAAGCCGCAAAAGAGCAAGCCGCCAAGGAGCAAGCUGCGAAGGAAGAAGCUGCCCGGAAGGAACAAGCUGCUAAGGAACAAGCUGCUAAGGAGCAAGCUGCGAAGGAAGAAGCUGCCCGGAAGGAACAGGCUGCAAAGGAAGAAGCUGCCCGAAAGGAACAAGCUGCAAAGGAAGAAGCUGCCCGAAAGGAACAAGCUGCUAAGGAGCAAGCUGCGAAGGAAGAAGCUGCCCAGAAGGAACAAGCUGCAAAGGAAGAAGCUGCCCGAAAGGAACAAGCUGCUAAGGACCAAGCUGCGAAGGAAGAAGCUGCCCGAAAGGAACAAGCUGCUAAGGACCAAGCUGCUAAGGAGCAAUCUGCAAAGGAGCAAGCUGCCAAGGAGAAGGCUGCUCAGGAGAAGGCUGCUCAGGAGAAGGCUGCAAAGGAAGAAGCCGACCGGAAGGCAAAGGAGCAAGCAGAGAAGGAGGAAGCUGCCCGAAAGGAGCAGGCCGCAAAGGAGCAAGCCAUAAAGGAGCAAGCUGCCAAAGAACAGGCAGCUAAGGAACAAGCUGCGAAAGAGCAAGCAGCAAAGGAAGAAGCUGCCCGGAAGGCAGAGGCUGCCGCGAUGGAACAAGCUGCUAGGAAGGCUGCAGAGGAUCAGGCUGCCAAAGAGCAGGCCGUAAAGGAGCAAGCAGCGAAGGAGGAAGCUACCCGAAAGGCUGAAGCUGCGGUGAAAGAGCAGGCAGCUAAGGAGCAUGCCGCAAAGGAGCAGGCAGCCAAGGAAGAAGCUGCCCGGAAAGCAGAAGCUGCCGCGAAAGAGCAAGCCGCUAAGGAGCAAGCUGCCAAGCAAGCUGCCAAGGAAAAGACUGUUAAGGAGAAGGCUGCCAAGGAUCAAGCUGCGAAGGAGCAAGCUGCCGCUAAGAAGGAAGCUGCUGCGAAAGGAUCAGCUGCCGCGAAGCAAACGGCUACCGCAAAGAAGUCGGCCAAGGAUGCUGAACAAACGGCAACUGCACAACAGGCUCAACAGAACGGAGACGCCCAAUCUGGACAUAUCUCGUUCGCCAAGACAGCUUCCCCCAGCCUCAAAGCUUCCAAAGCCGCCGAGCCAAAUGGCGAAAGUACCAAGGCAGUCGAGUCGACCAAGGAUGCUGAAGAAAAGACAACGACCACGAAAGCGAGGCGUCUGUCAUUCGCAAAGGUAGCUGCCCUCACCACCAAGGAAGCACCGAAAUCCACCGAGCCCGCUGCCCCUGUUCUCGACCUCCAUCACCUGCCACCAUCACCACCUAAAGCCAAUGGCAAUGGCCGCCAAUUCCUCCCUCUCCAAUCACCGCCCAACGGCGCGCAUGCCAAGUCCAAGGCAUCCACCAAGGAGGGAGGAGAAUCCCCGAAGGCAGCAGUAAAGAAGGAGCAGAAGCAAACCACCACAACUGAUGCCACAGCGUCCCCCAAGCAAGCCAAGAAGGAGCAGCAAACCACCACCACCACCGACGCAGCUCCCCCCUCCAAACGCGAAGCAUUCGACCGCAGCGCCUCCACCCGCGCCGCCAAACGCGCCAAGCUCGCCGAACUAGCCGAGCAGUUUGCGCACGUCGAGGCGGUGGAGGUGACGCAACAGAAGGAGAAUGUAGCGCCGGCGCCUGUGGCGAGGCCGAAUUCGCUGGAUGAUAUGCUGGAGGAGCAGGCGAGGGCGAGGGGGGAGGGGAAGGUGGAGGGGGGGUGGAGACCGCAGGCGAGGCCGAAUCUGUCGGAUGAGUUGGUUGGGGGGGAAAAGGGGAAGGGGGGGAAGUGA